GUACACACGGCUCAUAGGGGAACCUCUGCAGUGACAGCGCCCGGUCGGGGUUCGCAGAGACCUCACAGGGGCCCCGGGAGAUGUUUUCCUCCAGUUCCGGCUUUCCGACAUCCCGGUGCUGACGUCAUCAGUCUCCCAAGAUGGCGGCGGACAGUGAUCCUGAGUCAGAAGUAUUUGAGAUCACUGACUUCACCACAGCCUCAGAAUGGGAGAGGUUUGUUUCCAAAGUUGAAGAAGUCUUGAAUGACUGGAAGCUGAUAGGAGUUUCGGCAAAAAAGACUCCGGAGAAGGGAGAGUAUACGACGGGGGUGUGGGAAGAAAAAGGAGAGGAAAUUUUAUUUGCCGACUUCAAAUUCUCCUUGAAACACCAUUAUUUUGUACAAGACUCCGGUGAAAGAGAAGAGAAGGAUGAGGAAGUAGAAGACACACUCCCGGUCUGCAUGCAAGAUCUACUGUGCACAAACAAUGACUUCCCUCCAGUUGCUCACUGCCUUGUCCGAUGGUACGGCCUGCGUGAGUUUGUAGUCAUUUCUCCAGCUGCUAAUGAUGCCGUGAUCAGUGAAUCCAAGUGCAAUCUGCUCCUCAGCUCCGUGUCUAUUGCUCUCGGAAAUACCGGCUGUCAGGUCCCACUCUUUGUGCAAACUCAUCAGAAAUGGAGGAAACUCUACGUAGGCGAGUGCCAGGGACCGGGUGUACGCACAGACUUCGAGAUGGUGCAUUUGAGGAAAGUGCCGAAUCAGUACACACAUCUGUCAGGACUUAUGGACAUCUUCAAGUCCAAAAUUGGAUGUCCACUUACUGCAUUGCCUCCCGUAAACAUUGCCAUCCGCUUCACGUACGUCCUGCAGGACUGGCAGCAGUAUUUUUGGCCUCAGCAGCCCCCAGACAUCGAUGCUGUGGUGGGUGGAGAAGUUGGGGGGCUGGAGUUUGGAAAGCUCCCCUUUGGCGCCUGUGAAGAUCCAAUAAGUGAGCUGCACUUGGCCACCACCUGGCCCUGCCUGUCUGAAGGCAUCAUAGUGGACAAUGACGUGUAUUCGGAUUUGGAUCCACUCCAAGCUCCUCAGUGGUCAGUCCGAGUGAGAAAAGCAGAUAAUCCUCAGUGCAUGCUGGGUGAUUUUGUUUCAGAGUUUUUUAGACUUUGUCGCCGUAAAGAAUCCACUGAUGAGCUACUCGGCAAAUCUGCCUUUGAGGAAAAUGGAAAAGACGCAGCUGAUAUUAGCCAGGCUCUGUCAAAGCUCACUGAGCCGGCACCAGUCCCCAUACACAAGCUGUCUGUCACCGGCAUGGUCAGCAGUGCCAGGAAGAAGAUCCGCAAGCACCGAGGGGCAGAUGAGACCCCAUUAAGCUCCGAUGUCCUGAACGCUGUCUUGUUUUUCCUGUUUCCCGAUGCAAAAUCACUGGAUGCUGCAGAGUCCAGGAGCGGCGGCUCUAAUGGUGAACCGGACGCCCCGGCAGAUAGCGAGGACUUUAACCUGUACAGCCAGCUCAAGUCGGCGCCAUCCGACAGCCUGACGUACAAGCUGGCGCUGUGUCUCUGUAUGGUCAACUUCUACCACGGCGGGGUGCGAGGGGUGGCACACUUGUGGCAAGAGUUUGUGCUGGAGAUGCGCUAUCGGUGGGAGAACAAUCAUCUGGUUCCCGGAUUAAGUAGCGGACCUCCGGAUCUGAAGUGCUGCUUACUCCACCAGAAGCUCCAGAUGCUGAAUUGCUGUAUCGAGAGGAAGAAGUCCAGAGAUGGUGGCAAGAAAGGGAACACUCCUGACUCCUCCGAUUCAGCGCUCAACAGGCCAACAUGUAAUUCAGUGAACUCUGCCGAAUCGGAGAAAAAUAAGUACGACGUUGGCAAGUCCUGGGACUCUUGGAGCGACAGCGAGGACGAGUUUUUCGAGUGUCACAGCGACACAGAGGAACUGAAAGAAAGUGGUCAGGAAACUGCGAAGAAGUCCAAAGAGGAGGCGAAGGAGCUGCCGAAACCUGACGGGCGCUUACACCAAUGUGGAAACCUUACGUUGCUGCACACUGGAGAGCCGCUCUAUAUCCCUAUUACUCAGGAGCCAGCGCCUAUGACAGAAGACCUGCUGGAGGAACAGUCUGAGGUCUUGGCUAAAUUGGGAACCUCCGCAGAAGGGGCGCACCUCCGGGCCCGGAUGCAGAGUGCCUGCUUACUGUCAGACAUGGAAUCGUUCAAGGCUGCCAACCCCGGCUGUUGUCUGGAGGACUUCGUAAGGUGGUACUCCCCGCGGGAUUACAUUGAGGAGGAAGCAUUGGAUGAAAGCGGCAACAAAGUCAUCAAAGGGGAACUGAGCGCCAGGAUGAAGAUCCCCAAUAACAUGUGGGUGGAGGCCUGGGAGACGGCCAAAUCAACGCCCGUCCGCCGUCAGCGCCGAUUAUUCGAUGACACUAAGGAGGCGGAAAAGGUUCUCCAUUACUUGGCCGUCCAAAAGCCUGCAGAUCUGACCCGGCAUCUUCUCCCAUGUGUCCUCCAUGCUGCUCUCCUUAAACUUAAAGAAGAAGAAUCAAUAGAAGAUAUUCCUUCGGUAAAGUCAUCGAUAAAACGCAUCGUCUCUCAUUCCAGUAAAGUGCUCCGCUUCCCUGGCCCGGAAGACAAGAAGCUGGAGGAAAUCAUCAACCAGAUUAUUAUUGUGGAGGCCGCCAUCGCCAGAGCACGGUCACUGAAGGCAAAGUUUGGGACCGAUCGAUGUGAAAAUGCAGAAGAGAAGGAAGAUCUGGAGAAGUUUGUGAGUUGUCUUCUGGAGCAGCCUGAGGUUCCCAUCAUCGGAGCGUGCAGAGGUCCGGCCGGGACCAUUGUCCACAAGAUGUUUGUCAGCGCUCAGCGGCUGACUGAAUCUUCUGAUGAGGUCCCAACGAUGGCCCCUUUGGAAGAAGAACCCAAGAGGUCCAGUACGUCAGAUGACAAGAAGCUGCUCUCCGGAAUGGACUUCCCUCCGCCCGCUGGCCGAGAAGUCAUCCUGCGCACCACCGUCCCCAGACCCGCCCCGUAUUCCAAGGCCCUGCCCCAGCGCAUGUACAGCGUCCUCACCAAGGAGGACUUCAGACUCGCUGGAGCUUUCUCCUCAGACACCUCCUUCUUCUAAAGUCUUCUGAUCCCUACGCUCGCUGGGUCCUCCUCCGUAGAUACCUGCAGGGCGUUUAUUCCCGGUCUGGCGAUGGUGACACCUCUGCUUCUUCGCAAGGUCACCGUAAUCCACUUCAUGGCUGUACCUCCCAUUUACGCACCCUUAAACCUGAGGGGUUUUAUCUGCAGUAUGUGAUGAAGCCAUUUUAUGGAGAUCUGGUCCUUGUUAAUAUUGAAGCAGUUGAUUGCAGUCCCCUUAUUUAUGGGAAUAGUGGAGCGAUGCUCUGCAGACACCAAUGAAGUCUCAGUGCCCAUCCACAUUUGGUUACUGCCUACACUUCUACAUGGAGAUCAGUGACCAUUAUGUAAAUGUUCGCUUCUCCCUAUGUCCUUUGCCAAAAUAAAUCAAUACCAGGAACAAGAGAUUUCUGUUUUUGGGGUUGGAUUCUAUCAAUUUGGCUUCUAUAGAUUUUUAGAAGUAUUUGACAAGUAUCCUUAUACCCCAUGAUGUGGCCUCUGCGAGCCAGCGGGGCCUGUGCCACCAGCUGUCUCCUGAGAUCCUAGGGUUAUAUAUAUAUAUAUAUAUAUUUUACACCCUAAAAUGUAGACCUCCAGUUGUUGCAAAACUACCACUCCCAGCAUGCCCGGACAGCCGUUUUUGAUGGUAGUUUUGCAAAAGCUGUGGAGGUCCACUGUAGUAGGGUUAUCCAGGAUUAGAAAAACUGAGCUGAUUUCUUCCAAAAACAGCACCACAUCUGUCCUCAGGUUGUGUGUGGUAUGGCAGCUCAGUUCCAUUGAAGUAAAUGUAGGCAAGCUGUAAUACCGCGCACAACCUGGGAAUAGACAUGGCGUUUUUUUGGGGGGGAAAUUAGCUGUUUUUCUAUAACUCCUUUAAGGCUGAGUUCACACUGCAGAAUUUCUGCCAGCUGCGCUAGGACCGAGCAGACUGCAUUGCUUCCCCCCCAUAGACGGCAAUGCAUUUCUAGGUGGAUAUUUUGGGAGAUCUGCUCAGAAAUGCAUUGCCAUCUAUUGGGACAGCAAUGUAGUCCGCACGGUCCUAGUGCCGACGGCUCGAUCUCUGGCAGAAAUUAUGCCCAGAAAUUCCACAGCGUGAACCCAGCCUAAGGGUAUUUUCACACUGAGGAAUUCAAGAGGAAUUUCCUCCAUAAUUCCGCUAGCUUUUUCACCUCGAAAUUAUUCAGCAAUUGAUUUUCAAUUCACGUCAAUGUAUUUUCCGCUUCUCAGUUCACACUGAAUUCAGUUCCACUUGAAGAAAGAACAUGUUCAUUCUUCGUGCGGAAUCCGCAAGCAGAAUUAAAUAGAAGUCAAUGGUAAAAAAAAAAUAAAAACUUCCGCCCAACAUCGUUUUCAUGUGGAAUUCAGAAAAGUAGAAUUAGCCUCCUCCUUCAUUCCACAUGGAAAUUCCGCUUGAUUUCCUAGCCGAAAUGAUUCCUCGUGAAUUCCUCAGUGUGAACAUAUGGACCAUCGGUGAGAGAUUGAGGCCGAUAUCGCUGCAAAGAGGUCAAAUCCUGGGAUAUUGCAGUUAGCGUCUGUGUAUUAGGGUGCAGCGCGCUUGUUGGUCAUUACAGUGCAUGGUCUGGUGCAGCACUCACACUGUCCAGGACGGCUUUAUCGGGGUGAAGCGCUCAGGUUUUUUGAUGUCCUUUAUGUGUACAGCGCUGCAGAAUCUGUAUGCGCUAUAUAAAUAUUAUUAUGUCAUGUCACUAUACAAAGGUCGCUCCAGUGCCGUGAUACAGGGUUCGGGGGGGUCCACAGUUACACUGCAGAGGUCAAGUAUUGGGUCGUAAUGUUAUGGGGGAAGGUAGAUGCUUUAUGUAUUGGCCCCUUCAUUGUUGCUCCAGUGGAGCAAAAUUUGGAUAUUCAACUGGAAUUGGGGCACUAAUUGCUCCGCUCCCUUUUCCCUACAUAUUCAGUACAUUGACCUGAUCCGGACCCACCUGACAUACGGUUGACAUGUGUAGCUUUGCAGCAGUGAGAAUUCGCCAGGUCCCGUGUAUCUGUCACUGUUCAGUCUCCAGACUUUACGCUUUGGUUCCGUAUUAUGUUGAACAUUCAUUGUAUUUAAUUUGUCUGCAAAAUAAACAUUUCUCAGUAA